AUGUACCCUUACAAAUCAUUAGACUCUGCUACAAAUGAGUUGCGCCUCCUAAGGCUUCUUUCGCUGGCAUCAUCUAACAGAACCGCGGCAUCGGCUGCCUCUGAUGAUACCCAGGACUACCACGACACUGAAAUUGUAUGCGAGCUCUUUCACGCUUUUGCAGAUGAUAAGCCCAAAUAUCACGCAUUGUCUUACACAUGGGGCUCUGCUGAGGGUACGGAACUCAUCUCGCUCGACGGCAUUCAGGUGCCUGUAACGGAAAAUCUUGCGGAUGCGCUCAAAAACAUCCGUGAUGAUCACAACAAUAUAGUUCUCUGGGUAGAUGCUAUAUGUAUUAAUCAACAGGACGAUGCUGAGAAAUCAAAGCAAGUCUCACGCAUGAGAUACAUAUAUGGGAGCUCGUUCAGCACGAUAGUCUUCCUAGGAGCCUCCGACGAUAAGCAUGAUGAAAGUCUCGCAGAAUAUGACCUGAUGAAUAUUUCUUUGUCCGCCAAGGGAAUUCCCGAUUUGAUCGCACGGCUACUGAGGCUGGACUUAAUGAAAGAGGGGCGGUCAGAUGGAGGAGAAGAUGAAAAUGUCUUCAAGAACCUUAAAGAUGCCUCUGCUCAGUUAAUCCAGGAUGCAAUGGUAGACCUACCCAAAACGAUUUCUUUCGUUGAAGCGACUCGUCGACUCCUGGUGGCGCCAUAUUGGCAAAGAAUAUGGGUGUGGCAAGAGUUCGUCGUCUCUCCAGAAGUUGUUCUUUACUACAGUAAACACAGGAUUUCCUACGGCGACUUCUUCAACUCUGUUAUAUAUAAUGUCUUUCUCCUUGGCCAACUUUCUGCGACACUUCACACAUAUCGUCAAGCCACGGACAAAGUCGAUGUUGUACACAAUCAUAGAGACCGCCUCCUCGCAUACCAUCACAUGUUUAACAGUAGGAAUUGCGAAGCGCGUCAUCUUCUAGUCGCCCGACAUUCCUACCAAGCAGGCACAAAAUAUGAACUAAUUUAUUGGUUGUCUGUGACACAAAGCGAUGGUAGAAGCUAUGCCAGCGACGACCGAGAUCUUAUCUUUGCACUACUUGGAAUCGCUUCCGAUAGGGACAGCUUAGAUAUUGUUCCGGAUUACCAUCCUUCAACAACCUGCUCCAGCUUGUAUACUUCUGUGGCGAAGAAGAUAAUUCAAUCCGGAGACGUCGAUUACCUAUCCUUUAAAGAGUCCGCUCGAUAUCGAAUGGUUGAAGACGCGCAAUCAUCCACUUCAGCAUCCAGUCUCACAAACGAUUAUUUUACCCCAAGCUGGGUACCAGAUUGGCGACGAAAUCGACACCCCUGCUGUAAUCGGCCACCCGGGACAACAGAGUUCGAAACCUUCACUGGCCGAUUCACAGAACAUUCCACCACCCCUAACGUUUCUAAUAAAACAGAGCAUUUCAAUUUCCUCAACCUGAAAGGUUACAUAAUCGACCAAAUCGAGCAUGUCGCCCCAUCCGCGUGGCACCCGGGCUCAAAAGUCUAUGGGUCCCAUCCCGAGCUCUCCAGCUACCUCUCCUCCAUCUCCACGCUCUGCCAGCUUUCCAACAUGAAAUUGUACUACAACCACGAGCACGACCCUUAUCCCACGCCGUCAGACCGUCUGACGGCGUACUUUCGCUUGCCGGUGGCAGAUAUGCAAGAUUCGGAAUAUGAGAUCACGCAGUGCGGACUCACACAUGAUUUCGACGGCAUGCGCAUGGAAUAUCAAGAUGUCAUUGGAGAGUUGCAUGGCCAGGGGGCGACGAAAACGAACUACUAUUACGAUAUGCUUGCAGUGCAGGUUGAUCGUAGACCUAUGAUGUUGAGAAAUGGGUUGGUAGGACUGGUGCCUGAGGAUGCAAAGAGAGGGGAUGUGCUUGUCGUUUUUGAGGGUGCUCAGUUUCCAUAUGUGUUGCGCAAGAAGGUUCUGAGAAAUGGCGACCCUAGGCUUGACGAUGUGGAUAAAGAUGAUGAACUUUGGGAAUUGGUUGGGGAUGCAUAUGUACAUGGAGUCAUGUAUGGAGAGUUGUUUGAUGAAGAUGGGGAAACGGAUUUGAUAAGGAGGGAAUUUGUACUUAUCUAA